UACCACUGAUCGGAUCAGAGACAUUUUUCAUAGUAAUAGCAUUCUUAUAAGUUCAUUAUCCGAUCCUCAACAACAACAACAAAAAGCAUUCUUAGUUCAUUCACAUCAACCAUGGCAAAAUUCUCAUCAUGUUCCACAAUUCUCAUUUCUUUGAACCUUACUUUCGUCUCCAUAAUAUCCCUUGCCACUGCCACUAAUUACUAUAAAAGCCUAUCCCCAACAAUGCUGGGUUUUCAAGAAGAGAAAUUCACUCACCUUCAUUUUUACUUUCACGACAUCGUGUCAGGACCAAAACCUAGCAUGGUAUUUGUAGCUGAGCCCAAUGGCAAGGUAAAAAAUGCCUUGCCAUUCGGGACAGUUGUGGCGAUGGAUGACCCCUUGACGGCUGGACCCGAACGUGAAUCAAAACUUGUGGGUAAGGCUCAAGGAAUUUACACCUCUAUAUCACAAGAGGAGAUGGGACUAAUGAUGGUGAUGACCAUGACAUUCACUGAUGGACAUUUCAAUGGAAGCACACUUAGCAUAUUGGGUAGAAAUAUGAUCAUGAGUGAACCUGUUAGAGAAAUGGCCAUUGUUGGUGGAACUGGGGCUUUUCGUUUUGUACGUGGUUAUGCUCAAGCUAAAUUUUAUUCCGUUGAUUACACUAAAGGAGAUGCCAUUGUGGAGUAUGACAUAUUUAUGUUCCAUUAUUAGUUAGGUCUAGCCUUAUAGGUGCUUCAUAAAAGUAGAGUUUAUAUUUUGAUUUGUUAUUCAGUAAAUUGUUAUUAUGCUUCUGUUACACACUCUCGCCUAAAGUGAAAGUCAAAUAGGUGAAAUAAACAUGUAAUACCACAUUCGUUUAUAAAUUCAAUAUAUUUAUUUUUAGUUUUAA